AUGAACCCAGCUUACCAGCUGAAUACAUACAGAACGCUCAAAGUUCCCUUCCACUCUGCCAACUUCGCGUCAACUGCCCGCCGUGCCCUCCAAGUCGAUGAAGAGCUGUCGCCCCUAGUCCGGCGUUCCUUCUCCCUCCAGAGCCCCAGCUCCUCCUCUUCGUCUGAAGAUGCAGAGGGCGAGAAGACCGUGCUUCAAGUCGUAUACUCAGCAACGACGAACCGCAUGCUGCGCGUAGCCGUAAACGGCUUCUUCGAGAGCUUGGGCGUGGUGCUGGGGGUAUUGGAGGAAUUGGACGUCGAUACGUUCGACCAGCCGGGGAAAGAGAGUGUGCAAGGGGCACAGGGGGUAGAAGUGUCGAAGGACGGGUAG